ACUCAUGCGUUACCUCCAUAUAAAUCGGCCGCACUGCGCCGGCGCAUCAGUUAGUGACGGAUACGGACGCAGACAUCACACGAAAUGAAGCAAAUAGUCCUCUUAGCAGUACUGGCAGUUGCGCAUGCGCAAUUCCCAAACGGGCGCGUUUUGGAGCCGCCAGUGCCAUCUCAUUGUGUCCAGCGUGUAAUACAUGAAAGAUAUUCGGACAACAAAGGCUACUACUUCUCCUGGAGGGACCCAGCUCAGCGUGGUACGGAAGUAGACUGGCUCACGGCCAGAAACUUCUGCAGACAACGUUGCAUGGAUCUCGUCUCCUUGGAGACGAGCGAUGAAAAUGAAUGGGUCAAAGCCCGCAUCGUCCAAGAUAAGGUGAAAUACAUCUGGACAUCGGGUCGUCUCUGCGACUUCAAAGGUUGUAAUCGUCCUGAUUUACUUCCUAACGAAAUCAAUGGAUGGUUCUGGACAGCUGAGCUGCAAAAACUUGCUCCAACUACGAAUCGCCAACAAAACGACUGGUCCGAGGGCGGUGGCAUCGGCAAACCUCAACCAGACAAUAGAGAACUCAUCCAAGGCGGCGCAGCAGAACACUGCAUUGCCAUCCUGAACAACUUCUACAACGACGGCGUCCAUUGGCACGACGUGGCAUGCCAUCAUGUCAAACCGUUUGUCUGCGAAGAGAAUGACGCCCUACUCAAAUAUGUUAGAUACACGAAUCCCAACUUAAGAGUUUAAAUUUGCAAAUUCUAAAACAAAGGACGAGAAUAUGAAGACACAAUAUUGCAGUUAUUGCUUAUAUGUUAAAUUUAUAUUUUUGUACAUUAAAUUUGAACGUUUUGUUGUUUCGUCCUUUAGCUUUAGGUAAGAUACCUCAUUGAUAUUUAUUUACAGUAUUUAAUAUAUAAUGUAGUGGUUCCGUUACACCAGUAACAUAUGUAAGUUCUGAAGUGGUUGCAAGUAAAUUAUUUAAAUAAAAAAUACUUUAACCAUU